AUGAAUAGAAGUUUCCGUCAAAUACUACCUGCAGCAGGAAGAGUUGACAGAGGGCCGCCAGUAGGGUCGACAGACAACCAACCGAAGAAGAACCCACCAUUGCCGGCAUGCGAACCGUGUCGGAUAAGCAAAAUAAAGUACGUCGAAACAGAAUCACGCCAAGCCAAGCGAAAGUACGAAGAUCUGCGAAAGAAACAGUCUGCACAUGAAGAGUUGCUCGGACUCAUGCAAACACUACCUGAACAGGAUGCAUUCGAUAUUUUCAAACAAGUAAGGGCCGGAGGAGACAUUGGCGCUAUCUUGAAUCACUUUAGAAACGGCGAUUUGUUGUUGCAAAUGCAGCUUGUACCAGAAACCAGACUCCGAUAUGAGCUUCCUUACAGUCGCGAUAUGCCGGCAUUGCUACUGACAUCUUGGAGCCCCUAUCUCGACUCAUUGAUCUACGAAGUGGUUUCACAGCGUGCCUUACACCCCAAGGCGCAUGAGCCUGCAACGACAGAGCCUCAACAGUCUAUCAUUCCAGCAAAAUCUACACAGACGUAUCAGGACAUGUACGUGAAGGCAUACCAUGCAGCAAUAUUUGUAGAGCCCCGCCUCGAAAAUACGAGAAUUUCGGAGUGGACUACGGUUUGCGGGGAUGAAGGACUUAUGCGAAAGCUACUGGAUGCAUAUUUCACACGUGAAUACCACCUCUGGCCAGUGUUUCACAAGGACUACUUCUUGGAGGAUUUAUCAAGUGUUAAAUCGCUCAAUUCGAAGACAUCCAGCAGUUUCACAUCGCUAGUGAACGCCAUGCUAGCAUAUGCAUGCAACAUUUCGAAUCGCUUUCGUCAUUGGGAACCUGAUGGUCUCGGAUACCGUUUCUUCGCUGAAGCAAGGAGGAUUUGGGAAAUGCUCUCUGUCAGCGGCAAAAAUCGCAAUCUUGCGUCGGUCCAGGCUGCGAUGAUCAUCAAUAGCGUCUACAACAUCUACGGCUUAGACAAGCUUGGUAGUGCCUACGGCUUGAAAGGUCUUGCUAUUGCUAAAGAUCUGAAGCUGUUCGAUGGAAAUGCACGGGUUAAGUCUGAGCGAAAACGCAACGCUAGGAACUUUUCUGCAUGGUGUCUCUUCAACAUUUAUAGAGUGAUAGUCAUACCCGUUUUGGAUCAUCCACCCAAGGUUCCACUUACUGAUCCUUCUACGAACUCGGCCUGGUACGGCGAGAUAUGGACCAGGUACCCGCUGAGUGAAACAUUGUCGCCGACAUAUCGUGGGUAUUACUUCAAAGCUAUAGCUGACUUCAGGGUAAUCCUUAACGAAUUGUCUCAUGCGUCGUUCGGCAAUAAUUCAACACUCUCAGCGCAGCAAGCAAUGAUAUUCGUGCGUCGGUUUAUGAGUUGGUUCAAGGACCUCCCUACGGUCCUCAAGCCAAAGAACAUUGUACUCCCAGCUCACUUUCUCAUGCACCUCGAUUAUCAUAUGGUCAUCAUGACGAUUUGCCAGCCUUUUAUCGGUGACCAGUGCAAUGACGAGUAUUCUCCCAAAGAUAUUGUUCUGAACGCAAAGCGCGACAUCAAUAUCCUUGUACGACUCUACUAUAUUCGACACGGCUUCGAAGUCGCGAGUGUCUACUUAACAUCCCCACUCUCAAAAGUGGGCUUCAUGUCUUUGCACAACAUCAACAACCCGACAACGCCGGAAGAGCUUGAAUUGGAUCGAUCGAGUCUCCUUCUGGCUCUCGAAGGCCUGCAUGAACAAGGCCGCAAUUACUACAUGACAAGGACGAUAUACCACAUUAUGAAGUCCCAGCUCCGACCGGAAGAAGCAAGACUUCUACAGGGUUUAGAGACGCCGGAAACGUCAGCUGAUGAGAGUCCUAGUCUGAUGGUUGAGACACAGUCAGGGUGGCAUCCCCGCAUCGUUGAUAUUUCGGACGCCCCCGUCGACAAAGAACUCUCAAAGCUAGCAAACCAGUAUUUAAAACUUGACUCGGGUGUGCAGAGCGACAGUGAGGUGGGUAGUAGUCCGGCUCCCUCAAUCAGCACUUGA